AUGGCUAGCACUAACAACAACAACCAUGAAAAAGGUGAUGAAAUUUCUCUUGACCUUCCUAAAGGGGAUGUAUGUCGCCACGGUUUAGGAAGUGAUGUACUAUAUCAGUAUCAAGGUUUUUGGCGUUCUGCUAUCGGAAUAGAAAGCAUCAAGGACUUUCAACAGAAUUUCAAAGCUUUAGGUACUGAUUUGAUUAUAGCAACAAUGCCCAAAUCAGGCAGCAUCUGGUUGAAAGCACUAGCCUUUGCCAUUGUCAACCGAAUCAAUUACCCUUGUUCAAACAAUUACCACCAACACCCAUUGCUUACUGUUUCACCCCAUGACCUUGUUCCGUUCAUCGACUUAAAACAUUUUUUUCCAGAUCAUAGGCUACUUGAUUUCACUAACACUAUCACCACUCAUGAUUAUAAUUCUCCAUGUAGAGUUAUAGCUACUCAUGUCCCUUACCCUUCUUUAGCUGAAUCCAUUAAGAAGCCAGCUACAAAUUGCAAGAUUGUUUAUCUAUGUAGAAAUCCUCAAGACACCCUUAUAUCUAUGUGGAUGUUUAUAAACAAAGUGAGGCCAGUAGUGAACAAUAACAAUAGUUCUCUGUCGAUUGAUGAAGCUUUUGAGUUUUUCUAUGAGGGAGUCUCAGAAUUCGGUCCGUUUUGGGAUCAUGUACUUGGGUACUGGAAAGAAAGUUCAGAGAACCCUCAGAAAGUUUUGUUUCUAAAAUAUGAAGAUUUGAAGAAAGAACCGAAAAUCCAAGUAAAGAAACUCGCGGAUUUCAUGGGUUAUAGUUUUUCUGUUGACGAAGAGAUACAUGGAGUGAUUGAAGAUAUAAUAAGUCUAUGUAGUUUUGAACAGUUGAAGAAUUUGGACGUGAAUAAGAAUGGAUAUUGGAGAAAUCAUGUCGAGAACAAAGUCUUCUUCAGGAAAGGCGAAGUUGGUGAUUCGAAGAAUUACUUGACACCUCUUAUGGUUGAACGACUUGACCGUCUCAUGGAAGAAAAGUUGCUCGGAUCAGGGUUAGUGUUUCAAAACUAA